CCCAGAUGUGACCCAUAUUGUAUAUGGAGUCAUUGCUCAGGUAUUCAAACACUAACUAGAUUAUAAAGACACAGCAUGUUACUAUGGUUACUAGUUGGUGGGGCUCUGUUCACCCUAGUGACUGCUCAGGGUCAGUUGACACAGGACUGCCUGAUCCAGGAUAACCCCCAGGGAUGCCGCCUCUCGCGACCACCAAUCUACAUGAUAAUAGCCCCCAGAAAGAUUCGACCUAACCAAGUCAUACAGGUGAUGGCGACAAUUUUAAAGCUGGAAUAUCAACACAUUAACGUGCGUGUGUCUAUCGUCAAGGACAACCAGGAAUUCGCAGAAACGGGUUUGCGCUUUGAUCGCCCAUCCACUCGACUAAUGCAACUGCAGAUGCCUAAAAAUGCUGCGGCUGGGCAGUACAAUCUGCGAGUAGUGGGCCGACUAGAGGACAGGUCUGGUGGUAAUAUAUUCUUCAACGAGACCGAGAUAGAGUUCGACUCCAAGCAAGCCUCACUCUUCAUUAUGAUGAGUAAACCCAUGUACAGACAGGGGCAAAUGGUUCAUUUUCGAGUUGUGCCUAUUCUGCCGAAUUUGAUGCCCAAAUAUGGAAGUAUGACGAUAUUUGUCGAUGAUCCGACUGGUAUUCCUGUUAGACGAUGGCUUGGUGUGCAGACAAAUGCUGGAGGUCUAGUUAGCGAGAGUUUUGAAUUAACUGAUCAGCCAAACUUUGGCAACUGGUCUAUACGGGUGGAAGCAUUUGGGCACACCUAUAGAAAGCAGUUUGUAGUGGAAGAAUUCUGGGAGCCCCGAUUUGAUGUCAAUGUCUCAGUGCCACCGUAUAUCAUGGAGAACAAGAAUGCAAUACAUGGCGUUAUUUUAGCUAACCAAACGAGCGGUCGACCAUGCGUGGGCAAUGCGUCCAUUACGAUGUUCUUCAAACCAAAAGACACGCAAGGCAACAAUUAUGGUAGAGGUAGAGAAUACCCAUAUCUCUACAGAUUCAUUGACUAUCAUGUUGGUCGGAUUGACUUCACAUUCACGAUGGAUGAGAUUCGCGAACUGGCCGUUCGGGCGAUCGGAGGUCGUUCAAUGGUGGACAGUGAGCUCGAGUUCCUGGUGAACGUGUCGGACUGGUAUUCCGGUUUGAACCGAACCGGCUGGGCGAGUACCAUCAUCUUCAGCUCGCGCGUCAAGCUGCAGUGGAUUGGAGGAGGAGUGCGCACCUUUAAACCAAAGUCAAAUCUUAAAGUAGCGAUAGCUGUGAUGAAAUACGAUGGAACACCAGUGGACGAGACUGACAAACUGGUCCGAAUCUACUCGUCCAUCUCAACUAGUGGCCCCGCAGUUCCACGCAAUGACAUGCCAACCGACCGCUCGCCCGCCCAUGGCAUUGUCGAGCAUGAAGUGUACGCCAAUGAAGAGGCACAGAGUAUUCGGCUGACAGCGGAGUAUGACAAUGACCCUAUGACUCGUAUUGAACUGCGGGCCACACUUUUCUACUCUCCUUCACGGAGCUACAUCACCGUGUCAACAUCCACUCCACAUCCUAAAGUGAAUGAAUACAUGAUUUUUCAUGUGAAGACCAGCAGCUUUAUUCCACGUAUUUACUAUCAGGUGGUGUCUGGUGGAAAUAUUAUAAUUGGUGACGAGCUGGAGAUGACCUCACGACAAAAGACAUUUGCCGUGGCAUUGUCGAGGGAGAUGAUUCCCACGGCACGAAUGGUGGUGUAUUAUGUUCGCCAGCCGGAGGAAAUAGUUGUGGACGUCCUUAAUUUCUUUGUGAAUGGAACCCGGCAGAAUCAGGUGAAACUGGAAAUAAAUCGUGGUAAAGACUUCAGCCGUGACUCUAUUGAGUUUAAUGCAUGGGCUGAUCCAGGAUCGUACGUAGCUUUUGCGGGGAUGCCUCAUGAUCUUUACAUCCGAGGACUCAAUGACGGAAUCACAGAAAACAAUCUAAUUGAUGAACUUGACACCUACGACAAACCGGCCAAUGGCAGCUAUCGUCACUUGUGGCGAAUUAGUGACACUGAGUAUGAAUACAAGUUCUUCCACGCGUCCGACUAUGGCAUUGAUACCAAUACAACAUUCAAGACAUCGGGUUUAGUGAUUUUGACUGAUGCUAAUGUGGACAGAAUAAGAAAUGCUGAUGUGGCCGUGUGUAAUCCUUACAAUGACCCACUUAGCGCCCGCGAACCGCAGUUCCCGUGCUACUCAGGCGAGGGGGCGUGCUUUACCAUUGACCAGUGGUGCAAUGGCCAGUUUGAUUGUCCUGACGGGGCAGAUGAACUAGGGUGUGAAGUUAGUGACAGUCAGGUGCGACACAGGUCGGCCAUGGAUCGAGUCAGUCGGGUGAUGAGAUUCUAUGACAACAGCUCCUGGGCCUGGCAGGAGAUCUUUGUCAAACCUGAUGGCCGCGUGGAUUUCCGGGUGGAUGUUCCGAAGUAUCCCAUCUCGUGGGUCAUCAAUGGCUUGUCCGUAAGCAGGGAGGUCGGCCUGGGCAUUAUGCAGAAACCGAUCAGAUACGAUGCUGCUCGUUACAUGUACAUUCAAGUUGAGACUCCAGAAGUGAUUAUUCGUGGCGAGCAACUUGGCGUCCGCAUCACAGUGUUUAACUACUGGUACGAAGAUGACUAUAUAGAGGUCCUUGUCACCAUGCAUGGAAGUGACGAAUAUGAGUUUGUCAUUGUUGAAGACAUGGGAAUUGUGAACUCCUACAGACCUGUCACACACAAGGGAGAUCACCAGACGCUUGUUUUCUUGGAGCCCGGCCAGGCUAAAGACAUCUACAUGCCGAUAGUUUCCACCCUGGUUAAGGGAAAGUUUGACAUCCGGAUCAGUGCGUCCUGCUUCAUGGAGAGAGAUGAGGUGGUCAAGACGGUCUAUCUCGAUCCUGAUGGCGUUCAGAACUAUUACCACACUCCGUACCUGAUCGAUCUGAUCACCAACCCGUCCAUCAUCGUUCCCGAUUUCGACGUGGCCGUUCCCGAGCAGUUUGUCAUUCCCGAGCAGCGGAAACACCAGUAUGUGCCGGGGUCUGCGGCCGCUCACCUCAGUGUGUUCGGUGAUGUUGUGUGUCCUGGAUUCUUCGAGGAGUAUUUGAACGCAGAGAAUAUCUUGCUGCGACCGUACGGAACUGGUGAAAACAUUGCGUUUAACUUUGCGUACAACUUGUUGACUCUGCGUUUCAUGAAAGCCUCUCAGCAGCUGACAGAGGCAACCCUGCAGCAGUCUCUCUACUACAUGAACAUAGUUCUUCAGCGACAACUUGGCUACAUGAAUGAAGAUGGCUCCUUCCGAAUGUUUCGUGACGAUCCAACGCCCAGUUUGUGGCUGACUGCAUUUGUGGCGAAAACGUUACACCGAGGACGAUUUGGGGAGUGGGAGAGAGACUUGUUCAUCCCUGUAGAGCUGGUAACCAAGAUGGUUGUUUGGAUCUGUUCCCAGCAGAACAAAGACACCGGCGCCUUUGAGGUCGGGAAUGGCACCAGUUACGACAGGAAGAUGUCUUCCCAGAAUGCGAUAAAGGCUGACAAGAUGUAUGAUAACCCUGUGGCCUUGACUGCAUAUGUACUCAUCGCGCUGUUUGAGACAAAAGAUCUCCAACAGGAAGCUCUGGCGUGCAUCGAGACGGCUCGAUCGACUGCCGCUAGUUACUUGUCGGGCAAAGUGAACGAAAUCCCCGAUGAUGAGAUCUUCCAUCUGGCCAUCACAGCCUACGCCCUGUCCCUGAGUCAGGAGAAGAGUCGCACCCCCUUCGACCGACUCUGGAAACUGAAGAUGUCAGGAGAAGAAACCUACUUUGCUAAUGAGGAGAUCCCUUCGAACCCGUCCGAGAUUAUCAACACUGUGCGCUUCCUGCACCCGCGACAGGAGCUGAAGAACGACGCAUACGGUAUCCAGUCGACUGCAUAUGCGCUGCUGGCCCACAUCAACAACAACGGCCUCAAGUACGAACGUGACUCUCUGAUGCGCUGGCUACAGAGCAUGAGAAACAGCAUCGGUGGUUUCGCCUCCACGCAGGACACUAUUGUUGCCAUGGAGGCGCUGUUCAAGUUCACGCAGGUGGACCCGAACCGUAAUGUGUUUGACAUGAUGGUCCAGUUUGAGUCGACGGCCACCGCCAACUGGAGAGACGUGAAGAUGAUCUCGAAGAGUAACUACACGCACCUACAGAGCUCUUAUCUGAAAACAGUCUGGGGUGCAGUGAAAGUGCUUUCCCAAGGAACUGGACGAGCUAUCAUGCAGCUGACUACAACAGUGAAUGUUGAGUAUCCGGAGAUACUGAAGCCGACCCAAGACGGGAUUCAGUUCUUUGAUCUCGUCAUCGACUACCUUGUCUGGGGCGGAAGAAACUUCUCCAUCAUGGAAAUGUCACCCUGUGUCAGCUGGACGAACACUGACCGCAGCUUGACGAGUGGACUGGCCGUGCUGGAGAUAGACUUGCCGACCGGCUUCAUCAUCAUGAACAACACGCUGAGAGCGUACGUGCAGUCCGGGGUGGUGCCAAACCUCAAACGUGCAGAGUUCUACGGGCGGAAAGUCGUCUACUACUUCAGCUAUCUCGAUGAAAGCAAGACGUGUGUGUAUUUCCGUGCGGAUCGAUGGUUCCCGAUUGCUAACGCCACCAUCCAGCAUAAAAUGAGAGUCUACGAUUACUAUGAGCCUGGAAUGCACAACACCACGCUGUAUACGACCUUCAAUCUGUUUGCCCUGAACAUCUGUUUCGUGUGUGGAUCCUACCAGUGCCCAUACUGCCCGUCGUUCAAUGUGGCGGCUGUCAUCCGCGCCAGUAUUUCCGCCAUCGCCGUCAUGUUCUGCUUCCUUUUACAGAGAUACCUCCUGCGGUCUUGACAUGUGACCAUUUCCCUUUAACAUGCUCCUUGCCUUAAUGGAAGAUGAUUACAUGUGGAAUGUAUCAUAUAAAGAACUAUUCAUACAACUCCUGCAAUGCCGUGGAGAUUGCCAUACAGUUUUUCAUUAUCCAUGGCAAUUUUGGGGGGGGUUUUGCUAACUAUAUUAGAAUAUUUUUUCAAGGCAUGUUUUUUUGCCGUGGACAUUUUCUUAGUUGCAGGGGUUGUCAUAUAUGUCAUUGUUUCUAAAAAUGUAUAUUACCUUAUUCAUUAAUUACUCGUCUGUUCGAUUUAGAACAUGGAGAUUUUGUUCUUAACAACAUAAUAUAAUUAACCUGGAUUCGUUUUGAUUAGCAAGCUUUGAAAAUGAAUACACAUAAGAUUACAGAUCUGUCUUUUAAUUCAAGUUUGUAGUUGGACUUUGUGUUAUUUCAGGCGCAGUGCAAGCAAAAUAAAUUUGAUAGAGGGGAGGGGUUUGGGGGAGGAUCCCCCCCCCCCCCCCCCAAUUCAUCUUUGGGUCUGACCAGUCUUCGUCUUGAGACCUUAUACGAUAUUCGAACCAAAAUAAGUUUUGAAUAAAUUCUUUAAGUCCAAAGUCUUCCUCCCCACCCCUAUUCUUUUCUCUUCUGCUCCUCCAGUAGUUUAUGCUGACUUUGUAUUUAAAUACCGUCUAUAGAUGUAGCUUCGGUUCUUGGCUGAAAGAUCAUUAAUUUUGUACCACGUUGAACACCUGACCAAAGGUGCUCUUAACUAUUGUCGUUUGUCACAUAUCACAUAUUGUAUGUAAUGAAAUUGAUCAUUUUAUCAUCUUUUAAUCCACCUGUUACAAAAACAAAAACCCUGAGCUUAUUUUGUGACAUGUAUAUGCUAGUAGUAUAUUAACUGUAUGGGAUCAUUAGCUGGGAUUACUCAAAUGUAUGUAAUUAUUGUUUCAUCUGUAUCAAGUAAAAAUCUGAGAUACAUCAGGGUGGGAAUUCUCCUCAGAUCAGCUGUUUUCCUCUCAUGGAACAUUGCGUUUCCUCGCAUUUUAAUCAUCCUUUCCUCCAAAGUGUGUCAGAUGGCACCUAUUUUAACCUAGGAUUUCAAGAAUUUCCGGGACCCCUCUAGAUUUCCUCUUUUUUACAGUUCACCAAUUCCCACCCCUGAUACAUGUAUUACUGUUUUGAUGGUAAAGACACCAGCAACUAUUGCAUUUAGCUCAAUGUUAAAGUUUCGCGUUAAGCUCUGUUGCUCACAAACUAACAGUCCUACAUCAAUGAAACUUGGUUUAUAGUUGCAUCUUUGAAUAUUCAUCUCAAUGCAUGUGGGGGGGGGGGGUUAAAAUUAAAUUUAUUAAAUUAAAUUUUGGUAUUGAAUUUUUUCAAUUGAACUUUCUAAAAGUUUAAUUUAAAUUUUUGUUUUUUUAACAUCCAGUUAUUGGCGACACUGAAUAAGGCAAGACAUUUACAUUUAAUCCAGCGGAAUGUUUUUUUUUUAUACUUUGACAUUGUUUCAAUAGUAUUUUGUAUACAUUUUGUCUUUAUAUUCAUUCAUCAACAUUAAUUUUUAAAAUAUGUCAUAUUGUUAUGACAAACCAAUGUGUUUUUAAAAAAAAAUCCAUUUUGCAAUAAAUUAUGUUAGCAUGCAUAUUGAUUAGGAAUAGUGAACAAUGGUAGUAGUAGUGGAUCCAGGAUCAUUUGGGUGGGGGUACGGGACUGUAUCUAACCUAGGAUAAGUGGUGGGCUGGUAGUAGUGGUGGAUCCAGGAUCAUUUGGGUGGGGGUACGGGACUGUAUCUAGCCUAAGAUAUUUUACAAGCAGAAUCAGGGCACGGUAAUAAAUGGUUUUAUCCUGUCUGUAUUUUUCUGGUGGUGCCCCCCAUUCCAGAUAUUACCCAGGGAUACAUAUCCACGCUGAAAGAAAUAUAUUUUAUACAUUUUGAGAAUACCAUUUACCAAAAUCUGAAGGCUUUUGAGAUAUUUUAAUUACAUUUAAAAGCAGGUUAGAUUUCUCCCAUCAAAUUAAAAAGUUUUAAAUAUCCUGUGAUGUUUUUUCUCUCUGAAAGUGUGUCCUCACUCAGCCAAACCCACCCCACCCCACUCCCAUAUUUAGUAUGUUUUUAAUCACCAUAUUACGCAGACACUUAUUUGUGUAGUAAUUGUAUUUAUGUAUAUGUACAGCUCUUAACUUUGAUUAAUGUACAUAGAUCAUUGUACAGAAUGCAUUAUGCUCAUCUACAUAGAUGACAUGACAUAAUUAUAACAACUAUAUAUAUAUUUUUACUGUACUGCAUUCCAAAGUGUUUUGCACAUUCCAAUGUGAAUACAUGUAUCAUAUUUGUAUACAACUGACGAAGUUUGAAAGUAAUUCAUAUUGUACAGGCUUGUUUUAAAAAGCAUUACAUUUUGUCAAUUCCUCAUUUUGAUGAAAUUAUAAAAUUGACAUUGGAUUGAAAUCAAAUCAGUUAUUUCUUUUCUUUCUUUUGAAUAUUGAUUUCUGCACUGCAAUUUAAAAUACUGCUUAAAAAAAUUAACCACUUUAUUAUCAAUUUAAUAAAAAAAUUAAUUGCAAUUGCAAUGAGAUAGAUAUUUUUUCUUAUUCAAUUUAUUGGUACUGAUUUUUUUUGUCUCAGACAUGUGCAUAUAAUAUACUAGUAUUUGUGAUAUUGUUAAAAUAUGUCGACAUACAGUUGAAAAGAUGAUUAAUGAAGAAAAAAAAACCUCUUAAUUUUCAUAAUUUCUUUUGUGGGAGUAUACUGUAAAACAAGAAAUUAAUACAUGUUUAAAAUAAUGCGAUCACAAACCCCGACCAGAAAUGUGUGCAUUAAAUAAUGUGAUGACUGGUCCUGUUACCUACGACUGUGUUUUAGUCCAACAUUCCAUUCAUUGUUGAUUGAGGAUCAUGUUAACAACUGUUAUCUGUCUCUUUCGUUUUAAUACAUUUCUUACAAAUCUUGUACUCAAACUGGUGAAUAUAAUUUUUUUUAAUUUAUAUAUAUUAAUUAUUUUUAAAAAUUGGUCUUCUGAACCAACUUAUAAGAAAUGCUGGGGUCAAUAGAUUUAGAAGAAAGAAUGCAACAGUUUAACUUUGAUCUUAUAAUAAAAUAAACAUGGGGAGUAGUUAUGGAUACUUUGUUGACAUAUUAUUUGUAAUAUCUUAAUUUUUCACCUUAUGGCUUAUUAAUUAUUUAAUAAUGUUUUGGAAUUAUUAAAAGAAAAUGGUGUUGAAAGGCAUUAGAAUGGUACAAGAAUGAUUAUAUUUUUAUCUUUCAUUUGAAAUAUAUAACAAUUAUAUCUUUAUGGUUCUGUACAUUCCAAACUUCUUUUUUUUAAAUAAUGUUAAAUGUUGUUGGGAACAAUAAAAGUUAUUUGGUUUGUUUUUUAAAAUUAUUUACUUCCAUGUACCUUUGUUGGUGCUGGCACAUUAUAAAUGACAUAUUGGCCAUCGAACAUAUCAUGAAUGUUUUAAAAAAAACAUUUUAAAUUGUGUUUCAUAUUUCAGGUUUGUGUAUAAAUAUAAAUAUUUAAUGCUGAUACUAUGUUAUCUACAUGUAUAUGUUUAGACAUUAAACUAUCUUUUUUUUACUUAAAAUACAUUCCAGCAUGUAAAUAAAAUUUUGUAUUUUUUAUUAUCAUUUUUAUUGAUAAAAUCAAAUUAUGUGUAAUAGAAAAUCUAUCUUUAUAUGUACAAUUAAAUUUCAUAAUAAAAAAUAUA